AUGCCAAACGUCAUGCACAAGCUUUUGAAAUUCUUUAAACCAAACAAUGAUGAAUCGGCACAUCAUCUUGUUCAUUCCAACACUUACUCCAUUCAAGAGGAAGAUCCCAUUCUGAAACGAAAACAAAGUCCAGAAAUGGAUGUGGCCAACGACACAACCAUUCCAUUUGAUGGCCAUGAACAUGGACAAGAGACGACAAAGAAAUCCUUGUUCGAAAAGGAACUUAAAUUCACUCUAUUUUCACGCAACUAUUCCAUUCGUUUGGCUCUGAUCAUUACACUCGUGUCGACCGUUGUGAUGGUUUUAACACGGAGUGUCGAUUUUGUGUUAAUUGUUCGAAUUUCCACACAAAUGCAAAAUUAUUCCGUGUUUUUGAGUUCGGUCCUUCUUCCGAUUUUAUUUUGUGUCUUGUUGUGGCCAAUUGUUUGGUUUAAAAUGUUUGUUACGAAAUCCAUAACGAAAGAGAUGAGAACUUUUCCUCUCUAUAAGUUUGCAAUUUUAGGACUUCUUUCAUGCAUUUCCAAUCUCAUUUCAGUAGUUCCAAGCGCCUACAUUGAUGGAGAUUUAAACGUUGCCUUAAAUCAAGCAGUCAUUAUCAACAAUGUUCUUCUCUCCUUCCUCUUCCUUUCCAUUCGUUACAACAUUCUUCAUUUAGGUGGAAUUCUUCUCGUCGCCAUUGGAAUUGGAUUGGAUCUUUUACCAACAUUUCUUCUUUCUUCGAGUCCUGGAAAGAGUAUUUCUUCUCAAUUGUUUUGGGCACUUCUCAUUUUCCUGUCAACUGUCGUGAGUGCUGCUUCCAAUGUUUAUACUGAAAAAUGUUUACGAGAUGUCGAUAUGGAUGUCUGGUACAUGCAAACUUGGACCAUGGUUUUCAACUUGAUCUUUGGAUUGUUUACCAUUCCCAUUGCUUUUAUUCCAUUUCCUCCUCCGUACUCGGCAUUGAAUAUUUCCCAAUUUGGAGAAUAUUUAGGAAAUGGAUUUAAAUGUUUUGCUGGAAUGAAUUCAGCAAAAGGCGAUGCCUGUGAAAUGGUUUGGGCUGUGAUUUUAGUCUUUAUGUGUUUCAACUUGGCAUUUAACAUUUCCAUGUUGUUUGUAUUCAAAUAUGGAUCGAGUACUUUGGCUGUAAUUUCAGCGGCUCUUCGAUUGGUUUUGUCAACCAUUGGUUUUAUGAUUCCAAUUUUGGCUGGACCUGCCACUUCUUCACAUUUGACAGCGAUGGAUUUGGAGGCAUUGGCAAUUUUAGUGUUGGGAGUGAUCAUGUAUAGUGUGACGAAAGAGAAGCGAUUGGAAAAGGAUCCCAUUCAUGAAAAGUUGAAGAAAUUUGUGGGAGAACCUGUGAAGAGGCAUUGGGAAGAGUUGAAGGAAAAGAUAAAGCAAUUGAUUUGUGUGAGAAGAUAA